AUGUCCUUCUGGCCGUUUAGUUCGAUCAAUUCAGAAUCAAAGAUUGAUGGAAUUAUCAACAAUUAUUUAGAAAGAUUACAUUCGGUAGAACAUUCUGAAAAUGUGUCGAAUAUACCUACUACUACUUCAGCAAUUGCCCAGCGAAGGCAUAGCAGUAAUAAUACUAUUGAGAAUGCUGUAACUACAGCUAUGAUCACUAGGUCACAUUCACCUGUGUAUAGUUCACAUUCUAUUGCAAGUGACGAAGACGAGAUAAAAGGAUCCAUGAAUCAUCUUCACAUUUCUGACCCCAGAGGGAUAGUUAAUAUAAAAGAACAUGGCUCAAAUAGACCAAGCUUCUCGAGUAUGUUUAGACACACAGAUAUGGUUAAACAGAGCCCAACUUUGUCUCUAGGUACCCUCGACAACGACUACAUAGAUCAAAUAUUAAAAGAACCGACAUUGGUAGAUAGAUUAGUACGACAGGAUAAGAAAUUGAUGGAUUUUAUUUGUUUUGGUUAUUUUUAUAUAGAGGAAGAUACAGAGAAUGAUUUUGAGGAUGAUAAUGUGGUGAUUGGUGGAGAUGAUAUUUGGAGGAAGGUUUACCAUAUAGAUUACAUAAUAGAAGUUAUGUUAAAAAAUUUGGAUGAAAUUGAUGGAGCAUAUCCAUUUAACUGUGACAAUCCAUCACACCUAGAUGAGACUGAUAUAAGGAAUGACCAUUUAGCUGAAUAUCUGGUAAAUAAAAAUACAGUGCGGGACGAGAAGGAAGAUUUAGAGUUCAUACCAACUGGAGAUAAUAACACUUUAGACCGAUAUGCACAAAUAAUUAGAAUAUCAGAUAUUAUUAUAUUGAAUAUACCAAUUAUUCAAAAAAUAAUUUUAGAAAGUUUUGACAGAAUGGAAAAACUAUGGUCCCUCAUCCAUCAUCCCAAGAUUGUAUCAGAAAAUUCUAUUCAAUUAACAAUUUUUUUAAAGAUUCAAGAUGGUUUAUUAGCUAAUGGAAGAAAUCCAUAUUUGAAUUUUAUAAGAAAUAAACAUUCGUUGGUUCAGGAUAUAUUCGACCAUGAUGAUUUAUCUAAUGUAUUUGAUUUCCUAUUACGUUUGAUAUGUACAGAUAAAAUUAAUGAUACUACAGGUAUUAUUGAUAUCUUAGAGGUACAAGGGUUGAUGAAAAAAUGUAUGAGCUAUUUUAAAGGCUCUAUAUAUUCUGAUAGACAGAUAUCAACGGUCUAUGAAUUUUUGAAACAACUUAUAGGAAUAUCGGUGAAUAUACCUAUGAACGAUAUAUCGAUAGGUCCCAAUAAUUUAACAAGAUUUCUGGUUUUGGAAAAUACAGUAGAGACACUGGUUCAAAUUUUGCUGGAACAAAAAGGUUCUGUGCUCUGCAAUAUUGUUGUCCUUAUGAUUGAAUUGAUCAGAAAAAAUAAUUCUGAUUUCGAUUCAAUUUCCCUCUUGGAGACAACAAUUCUUAAGAACCCACCUAAUAAAAGGGACCCUUUAUACUUGGGUAAUUUAUUGAAAAUUUUCACAAGAUAUUUACCUAGAUUAUUGAACAUAAUCUGGAGUAUAGAUUAUCCAGAAAAUGAAUCGUUCAUUACGCAAACUGGAGAAGAAUUUAAGAAAAUUGGUUUGGUGAGAAUUAAAAUAGUUGAAUUGAUAGCGGAGUUAUUACAUUGCUCUAAUAUGGAUUUAAUGAAUUUAAAAACUUCAGAACUUAUUGCAGAAGAAAGACAAAAGUGUAGAGAUUCUGUUAACAAAGAAAUUGAUUGCCUUUUGAAAGAUGAUAAUAAAACUACAAUUUCUUUAAUAGAAGGUUUUGCUCGGUUAUCUUCUAAUUGUAGUGCUAAUGGAAAUAAAAAUAAUUAUAGUAGUGAUAAUUAUUCAGAACCUUGUUAUGGCAAACCAUUCAUAUCGAUGGCAAAUAAUGAAAAAAUACGAAAAAUGAAGACAAUAGGUGAUGAUUUUAAAAUAAUGUUGUUUGAUCAAGAAGCUAUACCAAGAAUAUUAAAAAUAUUCCUAGAUCAUCCGUGGAAUAAUUUUUGGCAUAACGUCUCGUUUGAUAUCAUUCAGCAAUUAUUGAAUGGAAGAAUUGAUUCUACAUAUAACCCUUUUUUGGUCUAUUCUCUAUUUUUUUUGAAUGACUCAAGAAAAUAUAACCCAACUUUUACACAAGACAAUGAUUCAGCCGACUUCAAUAUCAUACAGGACUUCAUAAUAUGCGCUUACAAAAGAUGUUAUCAAUAUUACAUAAAAAAUUCUAUGGUUUUAGGCUAUAAUGGACAUAUGCUAUUAAUUGUUGAGGACCUUACUGCAUUCUCUAAAAAUAUCGAAACCAAAAGUAUUUCUCUUGUCAUAUUUGAUUCAUUACAAAAUGAAAAAUGGAUAAGACUAUCAGAAGAAAUAUUAGUCAUGACAAAGACUAUGUGCAUAAAAAUUUUGGGAGGUGGUGAGCGUAUCGAAGAUCAAAAUGGUAAUAUCACAUUACAGAUAUAUGACAAUGAUCCACCGACUAACUUAAACGAGAAUAAACAACAACCGGAUAAGGUUGUACCUGAUUACCCAACUCAGGUCACUUUGAUAGAUAAAAUCGGUACCCUUUUCUAG